CAACUCCAGACUUCACACGACACAACACACGUCAUUUACUGGAAAGAACACGUCUUCUACAUCUACAGACUACACUUCUACUUUUAGAAAAUCAAAUAUCGCCAAUUGCUUGGAGAAACCACACAACACACGCCAUGUCUGCAUACACAAACGGAACCACACACGAGUCGGAGCGGAUAGCUCACACGGAAGAGAAGCACCUACCUGGAGGCUGGGUUGUCCUCAAGUUCGGGGGUACGAGCGUGGGCAAGUUUGCGGAGAACAUAGCGGGCAUCGUCAAAGCUGGUCUUGCGACGAACCGCGCCGCCAUUGUCUGCUCCGCACGUAGCAGCAACACCAAGCUCGAGGGAACAACCAACCGCCUCCUUCGCGCCGCCCGCGCUGCCGAAAAGCCCAACCACCGCGGCUAUGACGAGAUCGUCGAGGCCAUCCGCACCGACCACAUCCAGGCCGGCAGGGACAUCUUGAGGAACCCGGACAUCCUGGCGUCGUACACGGAGGAGGUCAAUGCCGAGUGUGAGAGCCUCGUCAAGAUCUUGGAAUCCGCGCAGCACCUGGAGGAAGUCACGAACCGCGCCGAGGACAAGAUCAUCAGCAAGGGCGAGAAGCUGAGCUGCCGCUACAUGGCCGCCAUUCUGAACGAUCGCGGCACCCCGGCCCAGUUUGUCGACCUCAGCGACAUUGUCAGGCUCCAUGCACCCAUCAAGGGCGGGCUCAACGACAAGUUUUACAAGGAUCUGGCCGAGGAUCUGGGCAAAGAGGUGGCAGCAUGCGGCGACAAGGUCCCUGUCAUCACCGGCUACUUUGGCAACGUGCCCGGCGGACUGCUGAACUCCAUUGGACGUGGAUACACCGAUCUAUGCGCUGCGUUGGUGGCUGUCGGUACUCAGGCCAAGGAACUCCAGGUCUGGAAGGAGGUGGACGGCAUCUUCACGGCGGACCCCCGCAAGGUCCCCACGGCCGCCCUUCUCCCUACCGUCACGCCCUCCGAGGCUGCUGAGCUGACCUUUUACGGAUCUGAGGUCAUCCAUCCCUUCACUAUGGAGCAGGUCAUCCGCGCCCGCAUCCCUAUCCGUAUUAAGAACGUGAUGAACCCGCGCAAUGCCGGUACCAUCAUCUUCCCGGAUAACCUGAAGGACAUCGACGGCCGUGCGCCCCUGAAGGACGGGAAGCUGUUCCGAACUCGUUCUGCGAGCCUCCUCACUCAGCUGGAAGGCCCCAAGCGUCCCACUGCUGUCACCAUCAAGCACAACAUCGUCGUGCUCAACGUGCACAGCAACAAGCGCACGCGUGCCCAUGGUUUCUUGAUGAACAUCUUCAGCAUCCUCGAUCGAUGGCACCUUUCUGUCGACCUCAUCUCUUCUUCUGAGGUCCACGUCUCCAUGGCUCUGCACUCCGAAUCCGCCCUUCUUAGUGGCGGGGGUGAGGAUGAGUACAAGAUCCAGAGCAAGGAUCUCCAGGGCGCCGUCAACGACCUCGGCCAGCUCGGCACUAUCGACAUUGUGCCCGACAUGGCUAUUGUGAGCUUGGUCGGUAAGCAGCUGAAGAACAUGAUUGGUAUCUCUGGUAGAUUCUUCAGCGUGUUGGGCCAGAACAACAUCAACAUCGAGAUGAUCUCUCAGGGCGCCAGCGAGAUCAACAUCUCCUGUGUCAUUGAGGAGCGCGAGGCUGACCGCGCUCUCAAUGUUGUACAUACGAACCUUUUUACUUUCUUAGACUAGACGUCACGUUCGCAUUAGCGGAGUUGGAUACCACCUAGACAAAACUUUCAGGUCAAUAUUAUAUUUACACAUCCGUU